ACGAGCUCUGCGUCGUUUUCGUCGGUAACGGGCGCGCGCUCUACCAGUGCCAUACCAUUACAUUCAUCCCCGGUGUGAAGGAACGAGUCGCGCGGGGACAAUCUAUUAUCCCCCAUUAAAACUCCGCCUACACAGCGUCAAAAACCCCAACAUUCCUGUCAAGUCGUGACUGUAACGCUCCCCAGGUCCCACUAAGGAAAAACUGUUGGAAAGUGCAGUCGCGAGCGCCACGUCAACUGAAUCAAGUUUAGUGUUUUUUUUUUCUGUCAGUUUGAAGCAGAGUUUUAACGCCUCGCACCAUGUUAGACCCGUCUUCUAGCGAAGACACCGGUGGGGAGUCCGACCCAGAAGUUGUCCGACAGCCUUCAGGGAAAGCGACGGUCUCCUCACCGGAGAAGCGGAGACACCAGCACCGGACAGGCGGCAAGCAGCAGCAGCGGCAGCCCGGCGCAUCUGGAGGAGCCGCCGGUAAAACUACGAAAGACAGCAGCGCUACAACUGAAGAUGAAGAGAGGAAGGAACGGGAGCGGAUCAAGAAGGAAGAAGAGGAGAAGAAAAUUAAACUACAGAUUUAUGUGUUUGUCCUGCGGUGCAUAGCCUACCCGUUCAACGCCAAGCAGCCUACCGACAUGGCCCGACGGCAGCAGAAGGUGAACAAGCAGCAGCUACAGGCGGUGAAGGAGCGCUUCCAGGCCUUUCUCAAUGGCGAAACACAGAUUGUGGCUGAUGAAGCUUUCUGUAAUGCAGUGAGAAGCUACUAUGAGGGCUUUCUAAAAAGUGAGCGCGUCUCCCGAAUGGUUCAGAGCGGAGGCUGCUCAGCCAACGAUUUCCGCGAAGUUUUCAAGAAAAACAUAGAGCGCCGCGUCCGCAGCCUUCCUGAGAUCGAUGGUCUGAGCAAGGAGACUGUUCUGAGCUCAUGGAUUGCCAAGUAUGAUGCCAUCUACAGGGGAGAGGAGGACAUGCGGCGCCAGUCACAGCGACCCCAUCUGAGUGCCGUGUCAGAGCUCAUCCUCAGUAAAGAGCAGUUGUAUGAGAUGUUCCAGCAGAUCCUCGGGAUUCGCAAGUUUGAACACCAGCUGCUGUACAACGCCUGUCAGCUGGACAAUGUGGAUGAACAAGCUGCUCAGAUUCGUAGAGAGCUUGAUGGGAGGCUACAGCUGGCUGAAAAGAUUGCCAGGGAAAGGAGAUACCCUAAGUUUGUCUCCGCUGACAUGGAGGCUCUGUACAUUGAGGAGCUCCGUUCAUCGGUCAACCUUCUAAUGGGGAACUUGGAAAGUCUGCCAGUGUCUAAAGGAGGGCCAGACUUCAAACAGAAGCUCAAACGCUCCUCCAUGAAUAGCUCCUUCCUGGAUUUAGGGGACGAGGGAGACAUCCUGUCCAAAUCUGAUGUUGUGCUGUCCUUUAAUCUGGAGAUCAUGAUCGUGGAAGUCCAAGGGCUGAAGUCAGUAGCUCCGAACCGAAUUGUUUAUUGUACCAUGGAGGUGGAGGGAGGAGAAAAGUUGCAGACUGACCAGGCAGAGGCCUCCCGACCACAGUGGGGGACUCAGGGGGACUUCAUCACGACUCAUCCCCUGCCGUUGGUCAAAGUGAAACUGUUUACUGAGAGCACCGCUGUGUUGGCUCUGGAGGACAAGGAACUGGGCAGAGUGGUUCUGAACCCCACCACCAAUGGACCAAAGCAGGCAGAGUUCCACCGUAUGGCUGUCCCCAAACACAGCCAGGACACGGAUCUGAGGAUCAAACUGGCUGUCCGCAUGGACAAACCUCCCAACAUGAAGCACAGCGGGUACCUGUACGCUCUGGGACAAAGAGUCUGGAAACGCUGGAAAAGCCGAUACUUUGUUCUUGUUCAGGUUAGUCAAUACACAUUUGCAAUGUGCAGCUACAGAGAGAAGAAAGCUGAGCCUCAGGAGCUGAUGCAGCUGGAGGGCUACACAGUGGACUACUGCGACCCUCAGCCAGGUCUGCAGGGUGGUCGGGUUUUCUUUAAUGCUGUGAAAGAAGGUGACCUGGUGAUGUUUGCCUGUGAUGACGAGCAGGACCGAGUGCUGUGGGUCCAGGCUAUUUACCGAGCCACCGGACAGUCCUACAAACCCAUCCCCCCUCCGCAGAACAAAACCAUAAAUUGCAAAGGAGAACAAAAGCCAGCGUCACCCAUCAGUCUGGAUCCAACUCAGCGUCAGGGAGUGGAGGAGUUCAUCUCUGCAGCUCCAAGCCACUUCGACCACACCGCCCUGUUCACUAUUUUACAGAAACUUACUCUACAGCACCGCAUGAAUGACUCUUUCUCCUGCCUGGGGUGGUUUAGUCCAGGUCAGGUGUUCGUCUUGGACGAGUACUGCGCUCGUUAUGGUGUUCGAGGCUGUCACCGCCACCUGAGCUACCUGAAGGACCUGAUGGACUAUUCAGAGAAGAAUGCCCUGGUUGACCCCACUCUGCUUCAUUACAGCUAUGCUUUCUGUGCCUCCCACAUCCAUGGAAACAGACCUGAUGGGAUGGGUACAGUGACUGUAGAGGAAAAGGAGCAAUUUGAGGCAGUCAGGAGCCGCCUCAUGACUCUGCUGGAGAACCAAAUUACACAUUUUAGGUAUUGCUUUCCCUUUGGAAGACCAGAUGGGGCCUUGAAAGCGACUCUCUCCCUGCAGGAACGGGUUUUGAUGAAAGAUAUCACCACACCUGUUCCUUCAGAGGACAUGAUGAAGUUGGUCCAAAGGUGUCUGGAAAAGGCAGCUCAAAUCAACUACAGUCAGCUGAUGGAUUACGCUCAGAUCAAGGUGGACCUCCAGGAAGCACCAGAGAAAAGGUUGGAGGACAUGAUGAGGUUGGGAGAGCUCUGCAUCGAAGUCCUGCAGCAAAACGAUGAACAUCACUCUGAGGGAAGAGAGGCUUUCUCAUGGUGGCCCGAGCUGAUGGCUGAACACGCUGAAACCUUUCUAUCUCUGUAUAGAGCCGACAUGGAUGCCACUCUGCAGGUCCAGCCUGUUGACUCCUGGAGCAGCUUCCCGCUCUUUCAGCUCCUAAACAACUUCCUUCGAACUGACCCUCACCUUUGCAAUGGGACAUUCCACAAACACUUGCAGGAUCUGUUCGUCCCCUUAGUGGUGCGCUACAUCGAUCUAAUGGAGUCGUCUAUUGCCCAGUCCGUCCACCGUGGCUUCGAGCAGGAGACCUGGCAGUCUGUUAAGUCGUUAACUAACAAUCUAGCCAACGUCCCUCUUCCAAAAGUCCCCAGCCUUCCCCUCACGUUGCCACAGAUGCCCAGCUUCUCUGCUCCUGCCUGGAUGGGACCUCUGUGUGAAAACACCCUGCAAGGAAUAAAUCUACCUGAUAUUUUUAAUGGAUCAACCACAUCCGAGGAUUUGUUUUGGAAGCUGGAUGCUCUGCAGAUAUUUGUGCUGGACCUCCAGUGGCCUGAACCAGAAUUUGCUAAACAUUUGGAACAAAGACUCAAACUGAUGGCCAGCGACAUGAUGGAGGCCUGCGUCAAAAGAACAAAAUCUGCAUUUGAUGCCAAGAUACAGAAAGCCAGUAAGUCUACAGACUUCCGAGUGCCGCUGUCUGUCUGCACCAUGUUCAACGUGUUGAUGGAUGCCAGAAAGCAGUGCUCCAAACUCUGCGUGUUGGAUGGCGGUCAGGAGAAUGACAAACAGUGGCAACAGUACCACUCCAAAAUCGAUGUUCUGAUUGACGAGGCUUUCAAAGAAAUGAUUUCCUCCCUGGUCUCAAAGUUCACUACAGUUUUAGACGGUGUCCUCUCCAAGCUGUCCAGAUACGAUGAAGGAACCUUCUUCUCCUCAAUCCUCUCUUUCACAGUGAAAGCAGCUGCCAAAUACGUGGAAGUCCCUAAACCUGGGAUGGAUCUAGCAGACACCUACAUCACUUUUGUUCGGCAGAACCAAGACAUCCUCAGAGAUCGGGUCAAUGAUGAGCUGUACAUUGAAAGGGUGUUUGAUCAAUGGUACACAAGUAUCAUGAAGUUAGUGUGUAUUUGGCUGACUGACAGACUGGACCUCCACCUCCACAUGUACCAGCUGAAGACGCUCAUUAAGAUUGUAAAGAAGACCUACCGUGACUUCAGGCUGCAGGGUGUCCUGGAUGGCACGCUCAACAACAAGAGCUAUGAAACCGUCUACAACCGGCUGACGGUGGAGGAAGCUACAGCAGCUGUCAAGGCAGGCGAUGGUCUCCAGGGUAUCAGCAUGAGAGACAGCGACGAGGACGACUGAACUCACACAUGCAAACAUCCUCCUUUCGCACAUCAUGUUACUGCUUGAUCAGCAUCCUCUCUGCAAUAUCAGGACUGGAAAUAAAAGUGCAGUUAUAUAGAAGAAAUGUUAGAAAUUCAAAGAAAUAUUGUGCUGCUUGACAAAAUGUUAGAUUUUUUUUUGUCAAAAAAUAGACAGCUUCUUCUUAUCUUACAGUGGAUGCAUUUAUUUAGCUCCACUUGAACCACUUUCACUAAAUCUGACCUAAAACAAUAAUAGUGAUGCAAAAAUCCUUUUAGCUCAUUAUUAUUGUUUGGAAAUGGCAACAUUUGGUAAGAAACAAGAAAAAACCUUUUUGCUUACUCGUUUUCUACUGAUAUUCUUAGCUGAUUUGUGCAGACUUAGAACAAAACUGAAUAUCAUGUUAGGACAUGAUGAACUGAUCAGCAACAGAACAAGUUAUGCUAAUCUGUGCUAACGUUAGCAGGGUGGUGGUUGUGGACCAUUUUGAGCUCUAGAGCUGCAAUCACUUCUAACAGGUGAAGUAAGUGAGCUUGCAGAAGUUAAAUAGAAAUUAAGCAAAAGUCAGUAGAUAUUGUCUGGAGAUUUUGUCAGGACCCCUUUACCUCAAGCUGUAACACUCAUAAGGGCCUUUGAGCAUCUUUCUGCAAUGUUUAUCUAUAUUUUUAUUCUUCACAGCUGCUUUUGUGCUUAAACUUAACCAGAUUUAUAAACCAGUUGUCACAAACAGCUCACGAUGGACUGGAGUCAGUUUAGCCCGUUUUACAGGAGACUGACGGAACCUGUUAACUUAUUUAUUGAAAUGACAACAUUUAACAAAAAAAACAACAAUAAUAAAACUUUUUGCUCACUCGU